CUUUCUUUUCGUGCCGCUGAAUGCGCUGAAUGCGGGCGCUCACAUUGCCAUGGAGUUCAAUUCGACGACAAGCUCCCCACUCAUCCAGGCGAGUACGUCUAUCAGCGGCGUGGAAUUGCUGUUCGCGUCGAGCGAGAUCAUCUCCAACUCUUCCAACACCACCUGGCUUUCAGCCUCGGAGGUGGAGCAUUUCCUGGGAGAUCCGGAUGUCCUGCACGCCAUCGCCCUGAUCCUCGGCCUCGGUGCCAUCGCUUGGGGCAAGAGGCUGCCUCACAUGCUCGCGGCAGUGGCAUCAAUCAGCCUCGGGCUUUGGGUUGGCCUAGUGGCGCAGGACCGCCAGCACUUCGACACGCCCCUGCUGGGCAGCAUCGAUCUCCCGGAAGGUGUGUGGUUUCCGUGGUUCGCUGGGAUUGCCGCUGGCACAGCAGCAGCAGUGCUGAGCUACUUCACCUGGAAGCUUGCUCUAGCGCUGCUGACCGGCGGCCUGGUCACCUUGAUCGCCUUAGCGGCCUGCCGUUUGGCCAACGUCUCGCCGGAGAAAGUCUUCCAGCUCGGAUCCACUCUGCUCUCUUCGUACCGGGUGGUAGGUGCUGUGGUAUUGACGCUCUCAGUGAUUGUCUUCUUCUUCAUGGUGCGGAGCUGCCACACGCAGAUGGCCGAAUUUGCAUCCGCUCAGCUGGGCACUCUGCUCCUGCUCUCCGGCGUGUCGUACUUCUCGGCCCGCGUGGGUGCAGAGGCUCCCUUCAGCUUGCUGGACGAUAUGGCCAGGAUGGCGGCGGAGGUACGGGGAGGGAACUGCCACUUGUGGCAAGACGAGGACGAGGACACAGGUUUGGUGGGUUGCGAUUGCGGAGACAGGUGUCGGACGGAGAUCGCCGCGUGGCUGGCCAGCUCCGGCAUCGUGCUGCUCAGCAGAUUUGUGAUCCGGUGGUACCGAUCUCGCAAGGAGGCCAGGGCCAGCCAAGAGGAGACGGCGCCCUUGAGAGAGGCGCAAGAAGAACCCGUGCCGCCGCAGGUGGUGGGAGCGAAGUCCGUGUGAACAGGUCGCGCAGACACUCCGACGUGGGCCGUGCUGUUUCUGCCUUCUUUUGCCACGCACAAUGGGUACUAUAGGAGCCCAAAUAACUGUAGCGCAGCUG